CCAAGAUAACUUGUCCAGUCGGAUUCGAGACAGAGGCAACUAUGGGAGUCUGUUGCCCAACUUAUCAAUGCUUGCCAAUGGAUGUCUGUGUAUUUAACAACACUGAAUAUCAGCCUGGUACCAAUGUUCCCGAGGACAAGUGUAAGAAUUGUGUGUGUGGUGACAGGGUGGAUGCCCAAACCCAUCUACAUAUCAUUGAGUGUCAACCUACUGAAUGUGACACUCACUGCCAGCAGGGCUAUGAUCAUCAAGCCGUUCCUGGGCAGUGUUGUGGGAAGUGUGUACAGACAAGCUGUGUGGUUAUGCUUCCAGAUAACACCACACACACUAUUCAGCCUGGUUCCGUCUGGAUACCAUCUGGAGACAAGUGUCUAAAGUUUGAGUGCGUAAAGAUUAUGGACCAACUCAUCACAAUGGAGGCUAAGACUGUGUGCCCUGACUUCUACCCAGAAGACUGCAUACCCGGAACUGAAGUCAUUGCUCCAGAUGGUUGCUGCCAUGUCUGUAUUCCAAUAAAUAAGCCAUGCAAUGUGACAAAGGGCAAAGUGUACCUGGACAGCAAUGGCUGCAAGUCUGCAAACGAGGUGGAAGUGACAACAUGCGGUGGAUCAUGUAGCACCUAUGCCAUGUAUUCUCUUGAGGCCAACAUGAUGGAGCGCUCUUGUACCUGCUGUCGGGAAGUAUCCACCACCAAGAAGGAAGUGGAGAUGAUCUGCCCAGACGGGUCAAAGUACAACCACUCCUACAUCCACAUCAAUAAAUGUGGCUGCCAGAGGACAGAGUGCGUGACCCGGGAGGAGACCCAGGUCACAAG